CGAGCGGCGAACCCCGACGGGGCGGGCGCCAACCUGACGGUGGCCGUGGUGCUGCCGGAGCGCAACGUGAGCUACGCGUGGGCCUGGCCGCGCGUGGAGCCGGCGCUGAGCCUGGCGCUGGAGGCGCUGCAGCGGGGGGAACCGCCGCUUCUGCCGCGGCCCUUCUCGGUGCGCGUCGAGUUCAUGAGCUCCGAGCUGGGGGGGGCCUGCUCCGAGUACGUGGCGCCGCUGAAGGCCGUGGACCUGAAGCUCUACCACGACCCCGACGUGCUCUUCGGGCCGGGCUGCGUCUACCCCGCCGCCUCGGUGGGGCGCUUCGCCUCGCACUGGCGGCUGCCGCUCAUCACCGCCGGCGCCGUGGCCGUGGGCUUCAGCGAGAAGCGGGAGCACUACCGCACCACGGUGCGCACCGGGCCCUCCGCCCCCAAGCUGGGCGCCUUCGUCUCCCACCUGCACGCCCACUUCAACUGGAGCUCCCGCGCCGCGCUGCUCUAUGUGGACCGCAAGACCGACGACCGGCCCUACUACUUCACCAUCGAGGGCGUCUUCCAGGAGCUGCAGGACGGCAGCAACCUCACCGUGCGGCACCACAUCUACUCCCCCGACGAAGGCGGCCCCGACAUGGCCAUCCACUUCAUCAAGGCCAGCGGGCGCGUGGUGUACCUGUGUGGGCCACCGGAGAUGCUGCGUCGCAUCAUGCAGCUGGCACACCGUGAGAACCUGACCAACGGCGACUAUGUCUUCUUCUACGUUGACGUCUUUGGGGAGAGCCUGCGGGGGGACUCUGCCCGUGACGCCUUCAAGCCCUGGCAGCAGGGUUCGGGGCAGGACGCGGGGCUGCGCGAGGCUUUCCAGACAGUGCUGGUGAUCACCUACUACGAGCCCCAGAACCCUGAGUACCAGCACUUCCAGACCCAGCUCAUCCUGCGCGCCAAGCAGAAGUUUGGGGUGCAGCUCAACUACUCCCUGAUGAACCUGGUGGCGGGGUGCUUCUAUGACGGAGUGCUGCUGUACGCCAUGGUGCUGAACGAGACCCUGCGGGAGGGCGGCUCCAAGAAGAACGCCACGCACCUCAUCGAGAAGAUGCGGGACCGCAAGUUCCAGGGGGUGACGGGACUGGUGAGCAUGGACAGCAACAAUGACCGCGACACCGACUUCAACCUGUGGGCCAUGGGUGACCCCGAGAGCGGGCAGUACGAGGUGGUGGGACACUACUCGGGUGCAGAGAAGCAGAUCCGCUGGCUGGGGCGGCCCAUCCGCUGGGUGAAGGGGGCACCCCCCUUGGACAACCCACCCUGCGUCUUUGAUGUGGAUGACCCCUCCUGUGAUAAAACCCCCCUCUCCACAUUGGCCAUUGUGGCUUUGGGCACCGGGCUUACCUUCGUCAUGUUUGGCAUCUCCAGCUUCCUCAUUUUCAGGAAGCUGAUGCUGGAGAAGGAGCUAGCCAGCAUGCUGUGGAGGAUCCGCUGGGAUGAGCUGCACUUUGGGAGUGCGGAGCGGUACCAUAAGGGAGCAGGCAGCCGGCUCACACUGUCCCUGCGCGGCUCCAGCUAUGGCUCGCUGAUGACCACGCAUGGCAAGUAUCAGAUCUUCGCCAACACCGGGCACUUCAAGGGCAACGUGGUGGCCAUCAAGCACGUCAACAAGAAGCGCAUUGAGUUGACGCGGCAGGUGCUCUUCGAGCUAAAACACAUGCGGGACAUCCAGUUCAACCACCUGACACGCUUCAUUGGGGCUUGCAUCGAUCCUCCCAACAUCUGCAUCGUCACUGAGUACUGCCCAAGGGGCAGCCUGCAGGACAUCCUGGAGAAUGAGAGCAUCAACCUGGACUGGAUGUUUCGCUACUCGCUCAUCAAUGACAUCGUCAAGGGAAUGGCCUUCCUGCACAACAGCAUCAUUGGGCACCAUGGCAGCCUCAAGUCCUCCAACUGCGUGGUGGACAGCCGCUUUGUGCUGAAGAUCACCGACUAUGGGCUGGCCAGCUUCCGCACACCCUGCGAUGGCGAGGACACACACGCCCUUUAUGCCAAGAAACUGUGGACAGCCCCAGAGCUGCUGCAGAAGGGCCAUCUGCCUGCGCAGGGCAUGCAGAAAGCCGACGUCUACAGCUUUGGCAUCAUCGUGCAGGAGAUUGCCCUGCGCAACGGCCCCUUCUACAUUGAGGGCAUGGACCUGAGCCCAAAAGAGAUCGUGCAGAAGGUACGCAACAGCCAGAAGCCCUUCUUCCGGCCCUCCAUCGACAUUGGGGUGCACAGCGAGGAGCUGGCUGUGCUGAUGGAGCGUUGCUGGGCCCAGGAGCCCGCUGAACGCCCCGACUUCAGCCAGAUCAAGAUCUUCAUCCGCAGAUUCAACAAGGAGGGCAGCACCAGCAUCCUGGACAACCUGCUGUCACGCAUGGAGCAGUACGCCAACAACCUGGAGGAGCUGGUGGAGGAGCGCACCCAGGCCUACCUGGAGGAGAAGCGCAAGGCGGAGAACCUUCUCUACCAGAUCCUGCCCCACUCUGUGGCGGAGCAGCUGAAGCGUGGGGAGACAGUGCGAGCUGAGGCUUUCGACAGCGUUACCAUCUACUUCAGCGACAUCGUGGGCUUCACUGCACUCUCGGCCGAGAGCACUCCGAUGCAGGUGGUGACGCUGCUGAACGACCUCUACACCUGCUUUGAUGCCAUCAUUGACAACUUUGACGUGUACAAGGUGGAGACCAUUGGGGAUGCCUACAUGGUGGUGUCAGGGCUGCCGGUGCGCAACGGCAAGCUGCACGCCCAUGAGAUCGUCCGCAUGGCCCUGGCCCUGCUGGAAGCUGUCAAAACCUUCAAAAUCCGGCACCGGCCCAAUGAUCAACUGCAUCUGCGCAUUGGCAUCCACACUGGUCCUGUGUGUGCAGGAGUAGUGGGGCUGAAGAUGCCGCGGUACUGCCUGUUUGGGGAUACAGUGAACACGGCGUCCCGCAUGGAGUCCAAUGGACAGGCCCUGAAGAUCCACGUCUCCUCCACCACCAAAGAAGUUCUGGAUGAGUUUGGCUGCUUCGAGCUGGAGCUGCGCGGAGAUGUGGAGAUGAAGGGCAAGGGGAAGAUGCGAACGUACUGGCUGCUGGGUGAGCGGAAAGAUCCCAAAGUCGUCUGAGCCCAGCGGAGCCCCCUACCCCCGGGGUGCACCAGGAUUCCCCGCAGCAGUACUGGGGCACAGGGGCUCAGUGGGCACUGCACCGCCCGUCCCCUCCAUCAGCACCAGCAAAGCUCCCUCCGAGCCUCCCGCUGCCCCCUGGGUGGGGGGACCCUCCUGACCCCCAGCUUCUCGGGUCCUGACCCCCCAUCCCUGACCUCUGCGGCUCGGCGGGUCUGAGCCAUCCCUGGGGCCUGGCUGCCCCACAGGGCACUUUGCCUUCUCUUUUCAGUACUCUCUCUGCCCCCCCCCCCCCCCCCCCCCCCCCCAUCCCCCUGCGCCUGUCUCACCCCUUUCCCAAAUAGAGGAAAGGAGUGGGCAGGUUUGGACUUUGCUGUUCCCUUCCAUACCCCCCCAUGUACAUAGCACUCCCCCACCCCGGCCCUGUAAAUAUCCCCUCCCCAGGUGUAAAUAUAAGCGUGCGCACAGACUAUUUUGUUGAAAUACAAAUUGCCCUCAGUCCUGCUGUCCCCAGCUCCUGUGCUUUGCUUUGUCCCAGCCAGGUGUGGGCUUUGGAGGGAGGCAGGGGGAACAGAAUUGCAGACCUGGGGCAGCUGGGGAUGGGAACAUGUCACCCACCAGGGGUAAGGAUGGGGACAUGUCACCCACUUAGGGUUGGGGAUGUGUGUCACCCAUGUGGAGACAGGGAUGGAGAAGGAUACACGUCACCAAUUUGGACAUGGGGAUGAGGAUGGGAUGUGUGUCACUAGCCUGGGAAUGGGGACACAUGUCACCCACUUGGGGCUGAGGACAGAGAUGGGGACAUUUGUCACCCACCAAGGGGAUAAGAAUGGGGAUGGGAACGCGUGCCAUCCACCUAGGGAUGGGGAUGCAUGUCACCCACCUGGGAGUAGGGAUAGGGAUGGGGAUAUGUGACACCCGCUGU